AUGCCGAGGCGCCGGGAGGUCCACUGGCACGUCUCAGGUCCCAUGGCCUUGCUGGCGUGCCAGCUGCUUGGCCAAGGAGGUGCCUGGGAGCCAGGGGGGGCGCGGGUCUUUGAAGCCUCGGAUCAGCAGGUGCGCAGGUGGGCGGGUGAAAGGAGGGAGCAGCGGUUCACAAUCCAAGGCGUCAGAAUGUUCCUGGUGAACUGGUUCUUCGAUGUGCUGGGCUCCUUGGCAUGCUACCUGGGCUUGUCCAACAAGAAUGCCAAGAUCCUCUUCCUGGGUCUGGACAAUGCUGGGAAGACAACUCUGCUGCACAUGCUGAAGGAUGACCGCAUUGCAACCCAUGUGCCAACUCUCCAUCCGCACUCGGAGGAGCUGAUGAUCAAGAACAUCCGCUUCCGAACCUAUGAUCUUGGCGGGCACGAGACGGCCCGGCGCAUCUGGAAGGACUACUUUGCCACUGUGGACGGUAUCAUUUUCCUGGUGGAUGCAGCAGAUCGCACGCGCUUUCAGGAGGCGCAGGAGGAGCUGAGCGGGCUGCUGCAGGAGCAGGCGCUGUCCAAUGUGCCCUUUGUAGUCCUCGGAAACAAGAUUGACAUCCCGACGGCUGCUUCCGAAGAUGAGCUGCGCAACGCGUUGGGCUUGCUGAGCCACAUGACCUACGGGCGAGACACCAAGAGGGGGGAGUCUGGUGUGCGGCCUGUGGAGCUCUUCAUGGUCAGCGUUGUGAAGCGGAUGGGCUAUGCAGAGGCAUUCCAAUGGCUGUCACAGUUCCUGAAGUGA